GCCGCGGUCUUCUCGGGCGUCCGCCGCCGGGAGACCCGGGCCGGCGCAGCGAUGUCGGGGAAGGAGGCGGGCGGGAGCGCGGACGGCGCGCGGGGCGGCCAGGUGACUGUCGCCGACGUGCAGGAGCUGAUCCGGCGCAAAGAGGAGCUCGAGGAGCAGAUCCGAGCCAACUUCGCGGUGCUGGACGGCCAAAAGGGCGUUGGAAUGAACGAGCCGCUGGUGGACUGUGAGGGCUACCCCCGCGCUGACGUGGACCUCUAUCAAGUCCGAACUGCGAGGCACAACAUUAUCUGUUUGCAGAACGACCACCAGGCGGUGAUGAAGCAGGUGGAGGAGGCCCUGCACCAGCUGCACGCGCGCGACAAGGAGAAGCAGGCCCGGGACCUGGCGGAGGCCCAGCAGGAGGCCGCGAGCGCCGGCCUGGCCCCGGGCCCCGGGCCCCACACCCCGCAGGCCUUCGCCAAAGUGGGCAGCGUCAGUGCGGGCUCCCCCGCCAGCAAGGCCGGCCUGCAGGUGGGUGACGAGAUUGUGGAGUUUGGCUCCGUCAACACACAGAACUUCCAGUCGCUGCAGAACAUCGGGACCGUCGUGCAGCACAGCGAGGGGCGGCCCUUGAAUGUGACGGUGCUUCGCAGCGGGCAGCGGCACCAGCUCCGACUCGUCCCAGAGCGCUGGGCAGGAAGGGGUCUGCUGGGCUUCAACAUCAUCCCUUUGCAAAGAUGACUGUCCCUGGGGACCCGCGGAAAAGCAUCUUGCUCUGCUCUGGCUGGGGACUAGCAGUGGUUUCCCGGCUUCUCUUCUCUGCCCGGAGCAGUGGGAAGCCCAAACUCCAGCCUCCUCGCAGCCUCUCAGGGUAGAGGCAUUGUCCCAAACCUGGUUUGUGUUGGCGCAGCGGGCCCGCAAAGCCUGGACUGAGGGUGUGUGGGCAGGACUGAUUCUGCCAGCGACAAUAGGACUGUAUUAUUGCAGGAUCCGCCAAAUAAAGAAGAGUUUUCAAGUGCU